AUGCGUCUAAAAUUUACAUUUCCACCAACACUUCGUCAUGCUGAUCGUGUCGAUUGUGUUGGAUGGAUGUCAGCAGAUGAUUUAUAUUCUGUUGGAGAAGAUCAUAUGAUAUAUAAAUAUAAUGUUGUACAAAAUGAAUUGAUUAAAGUAGCUGAAUUAGCACAAGAUCUUUAUCCACUUGAUAUGCAUUGGUUACCAAAAGGUGCAAGUCUUGGUGGAGGUGGACAAGGAUCAAGUUCAGUUUCAGGUGGAAAACGAACAAUUGGUUCAGAUCUUUUUGUUUUAGCAACAAGCGAUGGUAAAUUUUGUUUUGUGAAUAAGAAUGGACGAAUAGAAAAAACUGUUGAAGCACAUCGAGGAGCAACAAUUUGUGUUCGAUGGAGUCCAGAUGGAAGUCAAUUUGCGACAGAUGGACAAAUUCGAAUAUGGGCACGAUCAGGCAUGUUACGUUCGAAUCUUGUUCAAUCAGCAACACCGAUAUUUUGUGUAUGUUGGUCGGCAGAAAAUGAUGCAAUACUCUAUUGUGCAGGAAAACAUCUUGUUAUGAAACCACUUUCACCUAAUUCAAAACAAAAUUCGUGGAAAGCACAUGAUCAGAUUAUUUUGAAAUGUGAUUGGAAUACCGUUAAUAAUUUAAUUAUAUCAGGUGGUGAGGAUUGUCGAUACAAAGUAUGGGAUGCAGUUGGUCGUCCAUUAUUUGCUAGUCAAGCAUUUGAAUAUCCUAUUACAAGUCUUGCAUGGGCACCGGAUGGAUCAAAUUUUGCUGUUGGUUCCUAUAAUACAAUACGUUUAUGCGAUAGUGCUGGGUGGUGUCAUUCAGUUGAAAAACCAAAAGAUGGCAGUGUAUUUGGUUUAUCAUGGUCAAAUGAUAGUACACAGUUAGCAUGUGGAUGUGGUACAGGUCGAGUAGGAAUCGGACAUAUUAUUGAACGUCGUCUUGAUUGGCGUCAUUUAGAAUUUAUUCUAACUGAUUCAAAAGUUAUUACUGUAAGCAAUUGUGAAACAGAAUUAAAAGAUAAAAUUGAACUUAAAGAUCGUCUUGUUAAAAUGUCGGUCGGUUUUGGUUAUUUAAUUAUAUUAACAAGUAGUCAGGGUUUAAUUUAUAAUUGUAAACAUCUUGGUCAUCCAGCUCUAUUCGAUUUACGUGAUAUGUCAAUGAGUUUAAUUGUUCAAGCAGAAAAAUAUUUUCUUCUUUCGGAUGGAAUCAAUAUUUCAGUUUAUUCAUACGAAGCUCGACUUGUUUCAACACCAAAAUUACUUUCAGCGAAACCUGAUUCUGUGAAUAUUAAUACUAUUUCAAUCAGUCCUGAUACCAUUGCUAUUCGUGAUGCUACCGAUACAAAAUCUAUUAUAUUUUUCGAUGUUAAUGGUAAACCAAUUGGUGAUGGAAAACCUGUAUCACAUGCUUAUGAAAUAAUUCAUUUGGCACUUGAUCAAACAGGUUCACCAAAUGAACGUAAACUUGCAUUCGCAGAUAAAUUUCAAGACUUAUUUAUUAUGCAAGUUCGUUCAGCGGGACAAAAUCAACGAUUAAAUAAUCAAAGAAUUCGAAAACUUUGUACAAAUAUUGGUAGUUUUCGAUGGAAUGAUAAAAAUGCUAUGUUAGCAGGCAUAGCUGAUGGAAAACUUAAAAUAUGGCUUUAUCCAAAUGUUGUUUUUGUUGAUCCAAGUUUAGUUGAUAAAACAACUUAUCGAAUAGAAUCAAAUGAUUUUGGUAAAAAUCCAUCAAUAUCAGAUUUUCUUAGUUCUCAAAUAACAAUACGUAAAUCAACGGGUGCACUUAUACAAUCUGUUAUACCAAUUUAUUAUGAAUUAUGUCUUGAUUUACUUGCUGCUAAUCGUGCUGAAGAAGCAUUACAAUUAUGUCAAUAUAUUGCUGAUGAUUCUAUUUAUGCAUUAAUUGCAGUUAUUUCAUUACAUAAUCGAGAUUUUGAUUCGGCUGAAAAUGCUUUUGCACAAUUAUCAAAUACUGAAAUGGUUUUUUGUUUACAAAAUCUUCGUUCAAUUUCAUCAAAAGAAGAACGUGAAGCUGAACUUGCAUUACUUGCUGGUGGAAAUAUACAAGAAGCUGAAGCACAUUAUUUACAAGGAAAUAAACCACUUCAUGCUAUCAUGUUACAUCUUAAUGAACAUAAUUGGGAUCGGUUUGUUAUAUUUUAUUACUAA